AUGCUACGCGAUAUUACAUCAAAUCCAUGGCAAAUCGAUAAUUCAGAUAGUGAAGAUGAGAUUGAUCAGCGACUUUAUCGACGUUUUUCAUUCUCACAAUCAUUACCAACACCGACGCUAUUAACAAGACAAAGUUUACCAAGAAUGGCUGAUUGGGAUCCGAUUGUAAUUGAGCGAAGACAUAAAAGAACAUUUGGUCGUCGAAAAACAGCUCCAUCAUAUGAAAAUACACCUGCAGAUAAUAAACCAAUCUUUUAUGGAACACGAGAUUUAAAAUCAUCUCAUUCUGUAUUAGUACGAAACCAACGUAAUAAACCCAUGGUUGCAACUACUUUUGAUACUCCUCCAGCAUCUCCUCCAACAGUUACUUUAGAUUUUAAUCCAAUGUUAUAUCUUCAAGAGAAUUUAAAUAGCUUUAUUUAUACACACAUCCCAAAAGAUCAUCCGUCAUUUAUUCAUUGUACUCUUCGACGUGAUAAAACUGGUUUACAAAAAGGAUUUUUUCCAACAUACUAUUUACAUAUUGAACGUCUCACAGAUGGAAAAAAGACAUUAAUAUUAGCUGCACGAAAAGUAGCGAAAGUAAAUCGUCAAAAUGAAUAUGUAAUCUCAACAAAUAUUGAAACUUUAUCUAACAAAUCAGGUGGUGAUGGAUGUGUUGGAAAAUUACGAGAAUGUCAUUUAACAGGCAGUCAAUAUACACUAUAUGAUAAUGGUCUUAGUGCAAAUAAACUUAGAAAUAAACAUCCUGAAACUCAAAAGACUUUACGACGUGAACUAGCGGGCAUUAUUUAUAAUAGCAAUAUGUUUGGUUUGAAAGGAUCAAAGCAAAUGAAUGUUCUAAUACCUAAACUCGAGCAUGCUGUUCAACCGAUAAAGAAUGAGGAUACAAUUAUUGGUCAAUGGCAAGAGCAAAAAUUCAAUCAUUUACUUCAAUUACGAAAUCAACCACCAAAACAUGACGAAACAACAAAUGUUCAUUUACUUCAAUUCGAAGGUAAUCGUCCAGUUCGACCAUCAACUAAAAAUUUUAAUAUAGUUCUCGAAACAGAAAACCAUCAAGAAGAAGUUGUUAUGCAAUUCGGUCGUAUCGAUGAGGAUACAUUUACAUGUGAUUAUCGUUAUCCAUUAUCGGCUAUUCAAGCUUUUAGUAUUGCACUCAGUUCAUUUGAUAGACGACUUGCACGAGAAUAA